UUUGGGAUUGCGAUGGACUGGCAUGAUGCCGACGAAACAGCACAACGACAAUUCACAAUCUAAGGCUGUCCGCUGUUCACACCCUGAAUAUUAACGAUAAAGGUCGAAUAUUUAGUAAUUUAACAUUACCAGAUUAAAACGCUUAGUGGGGCUGGUUUUAAGAAUUUAUCCUAACCCUUUUUCGUCAUGACCGAACGGCGUUACGUCGGAUGAGCCGCAUCAAACGGUCAGUUUGGUAUCGAUACAAAAUCGGGUUUAUUAGGCAGAAACCCCGAAUAUUAUUUGCUAGAUAAAAAUAAUAAUAACGCGAGAGUUUGCAAGUUGCCAGAAGACUGUAGUUGCAACUGUCAAAGGAAGAGUGGAUACGCGCAUGACUCAACACACAUUACUGUAGCCUAUUACUGUACACGGCCGCGAAGAUAAUAUCCGUAUAAAACCCCGAAAUAAUCCCGAGGUAAGGAACCGCAGACGGCACCGAAAGCGACCGAGGUCGAAUCUUUUAAUUCCUUUUUUCCUCUGGUUCGUUUUCUUUUACUCUAACCAACUCUCUUGCAGCUGUCGAAAAUUACUGCACUAAACAUAUUUUUGUGACUCCCUUUAGCUCCAGCCAUUGCAAGGAUUUUUUUUUACUCCUCCUUCAUAUUAAAGUCGCCAUUUUGCUUCACUGCCUAUAUAAAACCUUCUUGUAUUUUAAUGUUUUCUUCAAGGAGUCGGAGAUGUCUCUAUCUUUCCUGCGUGCCUCCUGAUAUUCAUAUUUCUUGAGUUUUACAACGAGACGAUUGACAUUGAAGAAGUGCCUCGUGGUUGCCAUAUUAAUGCACGAAAUGGGGAAAAGUGGAGGCUGGAAAUAAGGUGAACGUCUUUAGGAUUUUAAUUGGCAUUUCCUUUUUCCUCCUCUUCCUCAUCUUCUUCAUCUCCCCCUCCUCCUCAUUUUUCCUCGGAUUCACAGCGGGGGCUAGGCGCGUUGCUAACGACCGUGACGACUGUCAGUCCGUCUCCAUCGAAGCACCCGACCAGACCCGCUUACGACAGCAGGUGUGAUGGCCAUGUAACACCGGGAAAGGCGCAUAUACCGCGCGAGGUGUAGCCCCACCGCCUGACCCCCACGUGGGUGACCCGGGCCACCCCGGCCGCUAGUGUUGGGUGACUCCCGACAUUGCAGCAUGGAGACCCCCAGUAGCCCCCGGCUGGCGAAGCUGUCAUCAGGGGGGGCUUCGAGAGGUCGUCCCCCCAAACAGGCCCACCCCCAGGAGGCUGCCAGGACCAAAGCCACAGGCCCCGAGAACAACAAACAGAGUCCUCCUUGUAGUGAAAGAGGUGAGGGGAAGAAGAAGGGGCGUCCCAGAGCUGAAGUACAGGAGCUGAGGAGUAUUCCUGCUAACAUGAUGGUCCAGUGGAAGGAGGAGUUUAAGAGGAGGUCCAGGGUAAAGUGUCCGUGUUCAGGCUGCUGGUUGGAGUUCCCCAGCAUCUACGGCCUCAAAUACCACUACCAACGCUGCCAGGGGGCGACCCUAGCGGAGAAGUUGAGUCAUGGCUGUCCGGACUGUGAGGCGGUGUUCGCCACUAAGGUCCGGCUCCAGAAGCACAAGCUGUGGAACCACCCAGAGAGGGUUACCGUGGAGACCAAGGCCGAGCCCAAACUACAGAAGACUCCCAUGAAGGGGACGUCCAAGAAAAGGCCUAUGGAGAUUACUACCUCAUCACCGGUGUUCUUCAAAGUGAAGAAGACCCAGGAGGUGUCUAGUCCCUCCCAGAAUGGGGAGUGCGCCCCCCAGAGGGGCGAGAGGAAACAGCACACACACCCCCAGCCCCCUCAGCAUCAGGCCUCCUCCUCUGACACCUCCCCCAACACUCCAGGGGGCAGCGAGAGCGAUGGAGAGGGGGGAAGCCUUCUCCCACCGUACCCAGAUGAAGACCCUGAGAGGACAAGGCACAGACGGAAGCAGAAAACUCCUAAAAAGUUCACUGGAGAACAGCCCUCCAUCUCGGGGACGUUCGGACUGAAAGGUAUGAACAAGGUAGAGGAGAAGCUGAAGGCUGGUCGUGUGAAGAGAUCAGAGGGGGGUCUGUUCAGCGAUGAGCCCCAGAGGAAGCACCCUGGCCCAGCCUCCAGAAGAGAUCCACCACCCCUCACCUCUGGUACUCCAGCAGAGGCCCAGUGGCAGCAUGCCAUCUCAGAGCGGGGGGAGGUGGUGUGUCCUACCUGCUCCAUCGUCACCAGAAAGACUGUCUCUGGCCUUAAGAAGCACAUGGAGAUCUGCCAAAAGCUCCAGGACGCCCUGAAGUGCCAGGAGUGCCACAAACAGUUCAGGUCCAAGGCAGGACUCAACUACCAUACGAUGGCUGAGCACAGCAGCAAGGCCUCGGGGAUUGAGGGCCAGACGGGGGACAGGCAGGAGGAGAGAGAGAGGCUGCGCAGAGUGCUCAAACAGAUGGGACGAAUCAAGUGUCCUAACGAGGGCUGCUCGGCCCAUUUCUCCAGUCUGAUGGGGUACCAGUACCAUCAGAAGCGCUGUGGCAGAGAGCUGUCAGAGGAGGACAAGCCUGUGUUUCUGUGUCAGCACUGUGGGAAGACCUACCGCUCCAAGGCUGGCAGAGACUACCACCUCCGCACUGAACACCGCACCCCCCCCACCACCACCACCACCUCCAACACCACCACCACCAAUAUCAACAAUACCAACAACACUAACAACAAUAACACCGGCAGAGGGGUGAGCACAGAGGAGUCACAGACACAGCUUGGAGGAAGAAGGGAGCAGAACCACACGGAGAGAGAGAGAAAGGAAAAGGAGAAGUGGCAAGAGGAGGGGAGAGAGAGGGGUGGGGAGAGAGAGGGCCUGGGGGAGGACUUUGAGAGGACUCCCAGUGGUAGGGUGAGACGUCGGUCGGCCCAGGUAGCAGUGUUCCACUUGCAGGAGAUAGCAGAGGAUGAACUGACCAAGGACUGGGGAACCAAGCGCCGCAUCAAAGAUGACCUAGUACCGGACAGCAAGAGGUUGAACUACACUCGGCCUGGCCUUCCCAAGUUCAGUUCCAAGCUGCUGGAGAGCUGGAAGAACGAGGUCAAGGAGAAGGGCUUCAUCUGCUGCUCCAACGGAAGCUGUGAAGCUGUUUACUCCAGUGUGUCUGGGCUCAAAGCUCAUCUAGCCAACUGUAACCAGGCAGGGGGCGACGCAGGGAAGUACACCUGCUUACUGUGUCAGAAGGAAUUCAGCUCAGAAAGUGGUGUCAAGUACCACAUCAGCAAGACACACUCACAGAACUGGUUCCGAGCCUCUAGCCAUGUGGUGCCCAGCAGCAGCAAGAGUAAACUGCCAGAAAACAACGAGUUAGAGAAAAAGGAAGUAAAGAACUGUGCCACCACAGGAAAGAAGAGAGGCCGCAAGCCCAAAGAGCACCCCCCUCAGGCCACCCCUGUCCAAACAAAGACUCCUUUCAGCGCCACCCAAAUCUCAGCCCCCGCCCCCACUCCGAAACCAACUUCAGCCGCCGCCCCGAACACAGCCCAAGUCCAGCACCAGGCCCAGACCCAGAUCCCGACAGAGAGGGUGAACCCGGGGAGCCCAACAUUAAACAGACAGCCCAACCCCCCCACCACACGGAGGGGCAAGACCAAGAGGGUGCCCCCUCCCUCAGAGUAGCUCUGCUUUCACUAACCCAAGAGCCAGAGAGGAUGCUAUCUCUCUGACUAUCCAUCCACUUUACGCCAGUAAGCUCAAAGACGUUAUGGACGCCACAAGGACUGGGGGACAGAGAACGAAACAAAAAAUAACUGUAGAAACGUGAAAACAAUUAGUUAAUGUGUUUGAUUUCACUCUGAUCUUUGUGUUUUAACCCUAUACUGUAUACUGUGUAUGUGUCUACUGGUAUAUGCUGAUGUAACAGUUCAUUUUUUUCUCCAUUCCAUUUCUAAGCAUAAUUUCAGUUAAGCUAUUCACAACAGGGGUUAAUUGUAAUCAAAGUUAAAAUCCCACUCAAUAUAUAAAUAGCAUUUUCUAAACAAAAGUCAUAUUUCAAUAGAAUUUUGCAUAAUUCCCUCUACAUGUCUAUAGAUUUAUGUUGUGCUUGAGAGAUUUUUCAAAGGAUAUUCUAUUAGCAUGGUGAGGUAAUUUACGGCUAGUGAUUUUUCAAUGGAUAUACUGUACUGUGUAUAUAUACAAUAUCUAUAUCUAUAUAUCUAUAUACUCAAAGCAAUGACGUCAUCCAUCGUUUUUCAAGGCAGGAAGUCAAAUUUGCAUUUUGUUGUUUUCCACUUUGGUGUCUUGAGUUUGUUUUUCAUUGUGGCAGCUGAAUGCUUUUCUGAUCAGUCAGCUACAGUGCAAUAUAGUAAUGUGUUUCUGUCUCUUUCUUUGUUGUUUUUUGGCCCAGAGAACACACUUUUACUCAUAAAUCAAACUCUUUAUUCUGUUCUUAUGCUGUAGCUAAGCUAAGUAUGUAUAGUAAUUUUGUUAAUUUCAAACAUUUACACUGAAAUGUGGGAUUUGUUUUAAUUUUUUAUAUAUGAUAUGAGAUUUUUUUGAAUUUUUGAGACAGUAAUUAUACACAAGAGUAUGAUUGGGGAUGUUUACGCAAACAUUUCGAAACUAAUAUCUGUAUCUACACCAAGCAAUGUAAACGGCAUAUCCACAAAGUUUGAAGAUGUAAAAAUGUUGUUGAAUAUAGGUUUCCACUGCUAUUGUUGCUAAUUAUGGACUAAAUGCUGAAUCUAACAGUGGGAAAGUAUUUGACCAGAGCUGCACCAUUGCAGCACAAUCAAAUGAGUUGUCACCGUUUUGCAGCUUGAAGUCCGACUUGAAGAUGAUCUGGAAAAAUCUGCUUGCUCUUGUUUGAAUGAAAUAAUUCAGAAAAGGAAGCGGCAUAUGUCUUUUUAUAGAAAGUUUAAGUCAGUUUGAAAAUAAUAAUAUUUUAUGAAACGAAAAAGAAACCCUGCAAAUGAAGUUUCUAAAAACACUUGUCACUAAAACACUUGUCUUGCACUAACCCUAACCCCUUCCUUCCUUCCCUCCCUUCCCCUGUUUUGUCUUUCUGCACUUGAAGAGCACUGCUAAUCUUUUACCCCAACGUUAAUGCUCCGGAAGAGGUUGCCCUUAGACACAGAGCUAGGAACCAGCCUGCCAUCAUUAAAUUCUAACCUUAACCAUUAUGGGCAAAGACACAAAACUGGCCAUAGUUCAGUGUCUAAGGGGCAGUUUCACCCUACACAAACCUUAACCCCCUAUAUGGGGGGUUGUAACCAGGAUUAAAAAAGAAACAGAGUGGUGUCCAGAAAUAAGUACUUUUAGUCCUCUGUGACCCGCAUUCUAACCAGAUUCAAUGACAAAUGGGAAAAUAACAGGUCCACCUGUCUAACUCAAAAUCCUAACAAAGCCAUAACUGAUCCUCAGAAAUGCAAAAUAUUUAGGCUGUUUUACCAGUCAUAACUAUUUUAUCGUAAAAUGAAUUAAGUCUAAAUUAAAUGUCUUUAAUUUAUGAAAAAUACUAGAAUGUGCAAUCAGAGAAUUUUAAUAUUUUAUCUAUAUACUAAAUGCUUAUAGUAGAUACUUCGUUUCACACAAAAAAAUUGUAAUAACUUGAUUGAAAUAAAAUCCCCUAAAGUCUUUCAUUUAUAUUUAUAUCAAUAGAGCAGAAUAGCUUGCUCUCUCAAAGCGACAGAUCUAUUUUAUAAUCACUUGUGUAUAUCAUCUAGUUAAUAUGAUAGCAGGGGGAGUUUGUAAAAAGUUAAUGGUUACAUGGUGCAAUUUAAUCAUUCUGCUUGUUCAUCCAGCACAGUUUUCCUAAAAUUGUACUUUGCAGUAUGUCCAAAUACAGGUACUCAACUCAUACCAUAAUGUAACCCUUGUGCUGACAUUUUGUUUUCCUCAAGUUAGGAUUCAGCCCAAUAUCACCAUUGCAAUUUAAUUUGAUUUUCUAAAUGUCAGCCUACAUUGCUUUAAUUCAUAAUUGUCUAUUUUGGGAUGAUGGGAGUUCUCAAAGGGAUAGUGUGAGAUUUUGGCAAUUAAGCACCUUUUUUUCUAGUUACGCAGAUUCGGAUGAACUCAUGGAUACCAUUUUAUGUCUCUGCGUGCAGUUUGAAGGAAGUUGAAGGUAGUUUCUGGAGCGAUUGCUGAAAAGUGUUAGCACAAUGACUGAAAAUAUAUGGGAUACGCUAGCGUUAUUGCAAUCAGCUAGCUGAUCCCAUAGACUUCCAGUCAAGGCUUAAUUGCAAAAAUCUUGCACUAUCACUUUCACGAAGGAGUGUAGGCUACAUCCCUUACAUUGCAUUACGAUUGAAUACCUGCCCGUAUUGUUAUAUCCACGUUUGAUAGAUGAACAACAGAGGUUAGAUAGACAAGCACUGACGGUACCUUGCGCUUUUCAAUACAGUUUUUCAGACCUUGGCUUUCAUCUGGCGACUGGCUUUUCUAUAUAGGCAGAAUGAGAACCUUGGCUGGAGUUCAGUUAUAGAACAUGCAUUUUCACAAAUUCUACAGACUACAAUUUAAUUCCAACCCUUUAUUAUGAGAGGAUGUUAAGAACAGUUAGUAGUUGAGUGUGGAGUUUUGGCACAGUAUCAAUUAUGUGUUGCUUGUUGAUUGUUUGAUUGAUUAUGUCAUAUUGACUGCUAUUGUUUACCUGACAAGCUUUGGUGUUUGCAAUAUAAUAGUUUAGCACUGCUUACCAUUGUGGAUAUUAUUAUAUACUUUAUUUCACCCUUUACUACCUGUCUUCCUAGAUGAUGUGGAAAACACAUAUCCCUCAGUUUGAGCUAAUGUAGAAUACAGCAGCAACUGCAACAAUAUGUUUAGAGAGUAUAGCAA